AUGUUUCGUCGACCGGAGGAUGUGGAGCUGCGGCGGACGCGGUUGACGGACUUCAGACCGCUGCGCCGGCUUCUCGUGACGGGCGGUCUUGGGUUCGUUGGGAGCAACUUCAUCAACCACUUCAUGCGGGCGCACGCGGAGGUGCACGUGUACAACCUGGACAAGGUGGACUACUGCAGCAGCUUCAAGUCGAUCGAGGACCCCGAUAACCCCCGCUACCACUUCAUCCGCGGCAACCUCACCAACGCGGACCUGCUCAUGCAGGUGCUCCGCCAGCACGACAUUGACACCAUCAUUAACUUUGCGGCGCAGAGCCACGUCGACAACAGCUUCGGCAACAGCCUUUCCUUCACGUACAAUAACGUCCUGGGGACGCAUGUGCUGCUGGAGUGCGCGCGGACGUACGGCAAGAUUGAGAAGUUUAUUCACGUCAGCACGGACGAGGUGUACGGGCAGGUCACGGACUCCAAGAAGGAGGAGGGCACGCUCAACCCCACCAACCCGUACGCGGCGACAAAGGCGGCGGUGGAGUACAUCGUCAAGUCGUACCAUAUAUCGUUUGGGCUGCCGUGCAUCAUCACCCGGGGGAACAACGUGUACGGGCCGUACCAGUACCCGGAGAAGGUCGUACCGCGGUUCAUUAUGCUCAUGAAUGCGGGGAAGAAGUUGACCAUUCAAGGCAAUGGUAGCAAUAAACGCACAUUUAUACAUGCAAGUGAUGUGGCGCGGGCAUUUAUCACAAUCCUCAACCGCGGCUUCAUCGGCGACGUCUACAACAUUGGCUCGCACGACGAGAAGAGCGUCUUGGAGAUUGCCCGCAUGACUGUCAAGUACAUGCGACCGCGCGUGUGUGGAGGACCGAAGCCGCCGCCAGACCCAACGGAAGAGGAGCUGUCGCAGCACCUCGUGUUUGUGCGGGACCGUGAUUUUAACGACGAGCGCUACAACAUCAGCGUCGAGAAGCUGCAGGAGUUGGGCUGGCGGCAGGAGGUGGAGUUUGAGGAGGGGUUUAGAGCGACAGUGGCGUGGUAUCGGGAGGCAUUCGCCAAUCACUUCUGGGAGAACCUGCGCUGGGACAUACCGGACGCCUGCACACCGCACGGCGAUCAGCUGGAGGUUUUGCCGUUGUUCUCCUGA